ACGUUGGUAGGAGGGUCCAAUUCCAUGGAAGGACGAGUGAUGGUAUGGCACAACGGCUCAUUUGGAAGAGUUUGUCCUGAUGGUUUUGGACAAGAAGAAGCUCAUGUAGUGUGUCGUCAAUUAGGAUUUAACAAUGAUGGUGGUGAUCCUGAUAUUAAUGUUGAUUUUGGUAAAGGAUCAGGUCCCAUUCUGGUAUCUAAUAUUAAUUGUAAAGGAAAUGAGUCAUCUUUAUCCAACUGCAAACAUCCAGAAUUUAGAUUCGGAGAAUGCAGUGGCACACCUGAUGCCUCUGUCGUUUGUAAAUUUGUUCCAAUGCGACUAGUAAAUGGAUCAGGACCACAUGAAGGAAGAGUGGAGGUGUUUGAUAGAAGAGAAUGGAAAACAGUUUGUGAUUAUCAAUGGGACGAUAAAGAUGCAUCUGUUGUUUGUAGACAACUAGGAUAUAAUGGGACAGGAGCAAUAAGUAAACACCGCGCCUAUUUUGGAGGGGGACGUGGCAAUAUAGUGUCCAGCGUACAAUGUAAUGGAAAUGAAGGGUAUUUUACUGACUGUAAAUAUCGUUAUGUUAGCUCGUGUAGUCAUACUAGAGACUCGUCUGUAAUAUGUACAGUUUUAACUUUGGUAGGAGGAUCCAAUUCCAUGGAAGGACGAGUGAUGGUAUGGCACAACGGCUCAUUUGGAAGAGUUUGUCGCGAUGGUUUUGGACAGGAAGAAGCUCAUGUAGUGUGUCGUCAUUUAGGAUUUAACAAUGAUGGUGGUGAUCCUGAUAUUAAUGUUGAUUUUGGUAACGGAUCAGGCCCUGUUCUGGUAUCUAAUAUUAAUUGUAAAGGAAAUGAGUUAUCUCUAAGUGCCUGCAAACAUCCAGCAUUUAGAUUCGGAGAAUGCGGUUGCACACCGGACGUCUCGGUCGUUUGUAAAUUUGUUCCAGUGCGACUAGUAAAUGGAUCAGGACCACAUGAAGGAAGAGUGGAGGUGUUUGAUAAAAGAGAAUGGAAAACAGUUUGUGAUUAUCAAUGGGACGAUAAAGAUGCAUCUGUUGUUUGUAGACAACUAGGAUAUAGUGGGACAGGAGCAAGAAGUAAAAUAGGCGCUUAUUUUGGAGAGGGACGUGGCAAUAUAGUGGCCGACGUACAAUGUAAUGGACAUGAAGGGUAUAUAACUGACUGUAGAUAUAGAUCUGUUAGCCCGUGUCGUCAUAAUAGAGACGUGUCUGUAAUAUGUAACGUCACUGUUACUUUUACAUUUGUACUUCAGAAACUUCCAAAACUACCAAUAGCCCGUUAGCAACUACCAAGACUAUAGAAUCAUCUGUACAAUCUUCUACCAUUCCCGAAGAUAUACCAGUAGGCUCUCCACCAAAUUGCAAACCAGGGGUUCAUGAAUUUGAAUUUAAUAUAAAAGCUGGCGAACCGUCCUGGGGCAAUCUGUGUAUGGACAUUGGUUCAUUUGAUAGCAGUUCGCUGUGUUCUGACGACGACGAUGCUUUAAUAUUUAGCAUCAAUGAAGAUCCAUUUGGUUUCUUUAAAUUGUUUAAACUCGUAAGGAAUAAACAAAUACUGAAGCCAUGUUUGCGCUUUACAGCGCUAGACCAGAUACAAGAAGCCAAAGCACCGCUUACCAUAAUAGCAAAGGAAGAUUCUUCACAGGGUAGAACAGCAACCCUAAACAUAUUGAUAACAUUUAAUCGGCCACCAACAGUUGCAAAUAGAAUUAUUAACUGGAUUGUAAAUAUUGCUGAACUUGGCGCACUCGAUGUCAUAAAGCAAUCACAGGCACAGGAUUCUGGUAGUAUAACACUCACUUCUGUUAAUUACCAAGAGAAUAGUUUGGUUUCUGCAACCAUUCACAAGAAUAAGCUGUACCUGAACCAUGGGAAAAAUAGCACUGAUAAUGAUAUGAAAAGAAUAGUCAAAUUGCAAGUCAAAAUGUCAGACGAUGGUAUACCAAGUUUAUCAACAAAUGUAACAGUACAAAUAGUUAUAGUAAGGUUAGAAUGCACUUCAACUAACAAGAUGGCGGUAAAUAUCGGAGAACUUCAGAGUGUUAAAACUCUUCCAAUUGGCCAGAUUAAUUGUGCGGCUUCUAGAGGAUAUUCAAUCCGUUAUGAUGGCAUACACACAGCACUGCAACAAGGACUUGAAUUGAGCUUUCAUGAUGGUAUAGUGAGUAUAAUUCAAGAUGGCGUCACCACAAUUAUGGCUAAAACAAAAUUCAUCGUUGUUAAUGUGAUGAUGGUUCAGUUCCCGUCUAUACAUGUCAAUGUUAAAUUUCAAUUAGAAUUUGCAUUUUAUGGAAUAAUGAGGUUCCAAUCUACAUACAUAUCUUGGACAAGAGAACUAACAGAUAAUUCAACCAUGGAAUACAGAAACCAAGUAAAGAAUGUUACAGACAUGAUAAGUAAAGUUGUAGAUAAAUCAGUUAGCGUGCAUAUAAUACAGUUCAGGCAAGAUUCUUGGGUAGAUGUUCACCUCACAUGUUCUAGCCAGGCCGUUUGUAAAAAGAUCGAAUCGUUACUUCUGCACCCUGCUAGUUUUAACGAUUCUGGGAUUCGCCGUGGGCGAGUCCAUUUUAAUAACAGAAGUAGCCAUAUAUUUGUUCCAACUCUCAAAAUAUUGAACAAGGCAAAACACAUCCUGGGUGGCGAUACUGUUGUCUUCUGUGAGGCUGAUGUUAUAAAGCCAGUUGGUUCGGUUUCUGUGGAAUGGACAUUAGAUGGUGCCGUUGUUCGACCUUUGUUUUCAUCAAGAUUUCAAAUCUCAACCGGAUUUGAGUUCCCGUGGCGAUUACAGUCUAAUUUAACAAUUACAAAUAUUACAAUGAUAGACCAAGGUACAGUACAAUGUCAUAUUAGUGACCUAAGUCGUUAUGGAAAAGUUGGGAGUAUUCCUUUGGCAAUUAUUUUUCCCCCAACUGUCGGUGUUCCAAAAACCCAGUAUGUCAGAUGUGGUAUAAGCAUCAACUUAAAGUGUGAAGUUUUAAAACCAGUCGGUGUAUAUACAACUUUGAUGUGGAUAAAGGAUGGAAUUAAUAUACAAAAUGGUUCUGAUUUGAACAGAGUCGUGGCCAGGGAUACCAAUUUAACAUGUAUUGGAUCAAACAUAGCCGGUCGGGGUAAAGGCAACACAACCAAAAUAAUUAUCAUUAAAGGACCGCUAACCUGUCCACGCGAUACCGACGAAAGAGGAACACAUUGGUCGGAAGCGUCACCAGAUGCCACAGCUGAACAGUCUUGCCCAUUGGGAUACGCAGGUAGUGUAUCUAGAUAUUGUAAUAGCGAUGGGAAGUGGUUGACGGAAGAUUACAGUUCAUGUAUUCAAGCAUCAUUGACAACCAUCAUGAAUCAGAUUGAACAGGUAAAAGCCGGAAUUGUUGUGUCCGAACCCGAUAAGUUGCUAGCCAAUCUGACCAAAAUAACCAAACAAUCUAAAUUAGAGAAGGGCGAAAUUCUUCAUAUGAUAAGUGCUAUGAAAACCCUGACACAAAUUACAAAUGAAACAACCCAAAACUCGCCCUCAGCCCAGAAUAAAACUAAACAUUUUGCUAAGGAAUCAGUAAUACUGGUCAGCGCAUUAUUUGACUCUGAGCAAUCUGAAAAUAUGAAGACACUUGAAUACGAGAAUAGCAGUAUAAUCCAAGAUUUAAUGGAAACGAUGGACAAAGUGAGUAAACUAGUUGGGGAAAAUCUACCGGAUGGAAACUCCGAGACAUUUCAAUCCGAAAAUAUUGGGUGUCCUUUUUUUCAUCUUUCACUGUGGCCUGAACAAAAAGGUGAGGGAGGGCUUGGCCAUACAUCAUCGACUUCUUUCAGGACCAUCAAGUUCAAGGUCAAUGUCUGAAAAUAUAGGCUGCUUUGCAGGAAGUGACGUAACGGAAAAAACUGAAACUAAUUCUGGUGCUCCUAAAUAUGGUGAAACAUUUGCGGAUUAAACACUGGGCAAUGAUGAUCUUUCAUCUCCCGUGGUCAUUGAAAUGUAAAUUGGUAUAACCCAAGAAGAAGGGAUGGCCAACUUUUGAUAAAAAUACCUUAUUGUAUUCCGAACUGCUCUUCAACAGACUUGUAAUGAGGCUUGAUAUUGAUUUUAUUGAUGAUUAAUUGCACGGUAUUUUGUUUUUAUUAUUUAAUUGUUCUUAAAAGCACUCACAAGGCCUUUAUAAAAAAUGUAUAAUCCCAGUUAAUCUGAUAUUAUUAUUGUUAUAUAUAUAUAUAAGAUAAGAUCUGGUUUUAAUUCGCCUCUGACCAAGUUAAUUUGAUUUGAUUUUAUUUAUAUCUAAUAUUGUUAUAUUUCACCUUAUAUUAUAAUGUGUAGCACCAUGGGCCUUUAUGUCUGACGUGGAGAGCGGAAGAUGUCAGACCGGUCGCCACAUCCUACAUACGACCCAUGCAUCUUUUCUUACUACAUAUUUCUGUAGCCUUGUGAUCGUCUAGAAUUUGUCUCUAGCUGUUUUUACUCCUGCUUCUGUUUUCUUAAAACGUUUGUCUUACCAGGAAUAACAAUGCAACAAUACAUGUAUACAAGUAUAACACAGAUUACAAUACUAGCUAAAACCAUUUCUCCACCCUAUAUAGCCAGCCUAGCGGCUAUCUAGGAACUCAGAUGGAACCUCUCUGGAAUCUAAUGGAAGUCCAACUUAAAAUUUUACUAUGAUUUCUUUUAUAAGACUCAUGCAUAUCACGCACAGAAAGCUUGUUCAUGACCCUGAACCGGUGCAAUUAACGAUAUGAUUGGUUACUUUAAGCCAAAUAGUGCAAUUAGAAUAAUUCGACUCACGUGUAAUCUCGUGGUAUUUUAUUGACACAUACAACUAGCUAUGCUUUGGCUCUAUAACUCUUUUUAUGUGUCAACUGUCAAUUACAGACUAAGUUGAUUUAGUACAAUUCUCUACCAACUUGCCAAAGAUAUUAAUUAAUGAAAUAUACAGCUAUCUUAUUUCUCUAUUCCUUGCCUUUAAAUUUAUAAACAAUGUCGCAACGAUUAUAUUGCUACAAAUGCCUUUGAUCAACACAAUGCUUAUGCAAUAUUAAUGUACUGCACCUAAAUAAUCAAACUGAUCAGCAGUGAAUAUUUGCUAGGCCGCUACAAUCACUGAUAAGGAUGACAUCGAUACGGAUUAAUGAGCCACAAAUAUUAACUUUUUUUCCUUCGACAAAUUAAAUUCCAUGUAAAUAUUAUUUUUGGAUGUAAAAAUUAUUUCCUAUUUAGUGUAAAUGGCUAUUAAAAUGAGUAAAAGGCAACAUUCUGCCCGGACCAGUAAUGUCUUGUGUAAACAAUGCACGCGCCAUUGAGCCAAUGAUUGACGUCGCGUUAUAUGACGUCACGUGUUGAAGGGAGUCAUAUUUUACAGAGAUAUUAGAAGACUUUCGUAAUCCUCUGUGAAACAGAUUGCUACAUUUCACAAUACAAAUAUUCUGUACAUUAAUUUGAUAUUUUAAAAUUUAUAACUAAUAUUGUUUAUAUUUUUUACUUUAGAUUAUAAAGCUUUGAUCUACCUAUUUCUUUGGAAAAUAUUGAUGCACUGCACCAAAAUAAUACGUUAUGUUAGAUUUCGCUCUACAAAUAUUAUGUAACUUGUAGUUUACAUUUCUUAAGGAAUUCAUUUGAAAAUAAAACCCCAAAUAAAUGUAUUUACACAAUUUUAUAAUAUCCCGUCUUGUAAAUAUGGAUAUAUUUAUUAGGGAGUGAAACACUCUUCUUAUUAUUUAUAUAAUCACCAGCUAUAUAAAUUACUAAUUAUUAAUGGUUUUAAUUAAUUGUGAUCAUACACCAGGUUAAUAAUAAAAUCAUUUGGCUAUAAUAACUGUA